ACGUGUGAGCUGGGCGUGUGACGCGUGUCGAGAGCGGGGAACGCAUGUGCACGUAGCGCUGGGUGAAUUCGGUGCGUGGCACGCCGCGUUGAGCGUUCGAAGAUGUGCUCUCGGGGUGUGCUGUUUUCGGCCAUAAAUUGUCUUUGUACGUGUGCGAUUGCUGUUCGUGGAGAGGGGCGUGUGCUCGAAGUUGAACUUAGGCGUUGUAAGCAGGUUUUGCGACGGACAGGUUUUUUGUGGUGUGCUUGCACGUCGUGUGCGUGCGAGCGUGAGGCAGACGCGUUUUCGUUUGUUCCCUUUUUACCGCUGUCCAGAAAGCAAGCGGCAAGAGGAAAAAGCCCUCGCCCUACCGCCCCUCCUUCGUGGCGCGGCGGUCUGUGAACCAGCAGUUUACCUCCCUCCCCGGCGCCGCCGCCCGGGGCAGUGCUGAGUGCCUGCCUGUGCAGCAGCUCAGCUCAGCGCAGAGCGGAGGGGGGAGGCGGCCGCUGUUCCUGGAAGAGCCCGGCCUGGGGAGUUGGUCACAUUCUUGGCUGGGAUUCAAUGACUGAGGCAGACACCAACAAACAGAGGGGGGGAGGAGGAGGAGGAGUGAGGGAGGCUGAGCCAGCCUGCAUUAGCUCAGCUCUCAGGCACUCUCAGUCUCCGCUGGAAAGAGGAGCUGGGAGGAUGUGCGCUCUGUUACCGCGGCUCCCCACGGCGCGCCGAGAAGACCGAGAGAAAUAAGGGAAGAAAGGCGAACCGAGAGACGAGGAGUCCUCCCAGACCAAGCUGAGGGACCACCAGGGGGAAGGGAGCCUGCUUAUCGCCGGUCCGAAGCCCCCGCGCCGUUUUGGAAGUGCCAGAGAUUUGGGCCUUUUCCUUUUCUUCUGCGUUGUUCCUUUCCACAGACCAAGCUUUCUUUCUCCUCCUGCUUUUUACUUUCCUCCCCCGCGCCUUCCUUUCAGUGGAUAUGGACAGGAGGGUGAUUACUGCAGAGAAGCAGCAGCCGCCAGAACAUAUUUGAGCCCUUGGUGCUCGGAGCGUGGCACAGACUUUUUGUAUUUCUGUGGGUGGCGUGUGUGUGAGUGAGUGAGUGUGUGUGGUGGAGGUGUGGGAGGCGGGAUUGGUUUGCCUGGGGGGUUGGCUGAGGGGGUGAGUGCUCGGAUGAAGACCUCUUUUUGGCGUGACUCUGUGCUCCAUCGGGGCAGCUUGGAGACUUGGAGGUUUUGAAAUUGUAACGAGCCAAGAGAAAGGAAAGAAGAGAGAGACACGCAUACAAAAGGAUCUAUUUCCUAUUCGUUAGUGGAUUGUUAAACCCGAGUGGGAAGGAGAAAAAAACAAGGAAACUAAAAAAUGGAGACUGUAAGUAGAAGCAGCUUCCAGCCUCAUCCAGGACUGCAGAAGACCUUGGAACAGUUUCAUCUGAGCUCUAUGAGCUCCCUGGGUGGCCCUGCUGCUUUCUCAGCACGAUGGGCACAGGAGAUGUACAAGAAAGACAAUGGCAAAGACCCAGCAGAACCUGUACUGCAUCUGCCCCCUAUCCAGCCUCCUCCGGUAAUGCCUGGUCCCUUCUUCAUGCCCUCGGACAGAUCCACAGAGAGGUGCGAGACCAUCCUGGAAGGGGAAACCAUCUCCUGCUUCGUGGUGGGUGGAGAAAAGCGGCUUUGCUUGCCCCAGAUCCUGAACUCGGUGCUCAGGGACUUUUCCCUGCAGCAGAUUAAUUCGGUGUGUGAUGAGCUACAUAUUUACUGCUCCAGAUGCACUGCUGACCAGCUGGAAAUCCUCAAAGUCAUGGGCAUCCUGCCCUUCUCUGCUCCUUCCUGCGGGCUCAUCACUAAAACUGAUGCUGAGAGGCUUUGUAAUGCCUUGCUUUAUGGUGGCACCUAUCCUCCCCACUGCAAGAAGGAAUUCUCUAGCACAAUUGAGCUGGAGCUUACAGAGAAGAGCUUCAAGGUGUAUCAUGAGUGCUUUGGGAAGUGUAAGGGACUCUUGGUGCCAGAGCUUUACAGUAACCCCAGUGCAGCCUGCAUCCAGUGCUUGGACUGCAGGCUUAUGUACCCACCUCACAAAUUUGUGGUCCACUCUCACAAAUCUCUGGAAAAUAGGACUUGCCACUGGGGCUUUGACUCUGCAAACUGGAGAUCCUAUAUCCUCCUCAGCCAGGAUUACACUGGGAAAGAGGAGAAAGCUAGACUGGGCCAGCUCUUAGAUGAAAUGAAAGAGAAAUUUGACUAUAACAACAAAUACAAGAGGAAAGCCCCCAGGGUCCCUUCAGAUCCUCCUGCUUCCAAAAAGCCCAAAAUAGAUGACUCUGCUUCCCAAUCUCCAGCUUCUACUGAGAAAGAAAAACAGUCCAGUUGGUUACGGUCCUUAUCCAGUUCAUCUAAUAAGAGUAUUGGCUGUGUCCAUCCCCGUCAGCGUCUCUCAGCUUUCCGGCCUUGGUCCCCUGCUGUAUCGGCAAAUGAGAAAGAGCUCUCAACCCAUCUUCCCGCGUUGAUCCGAGACAGUUUUUACUCGUACAAAAGCUUUGAGAAUGCUGUGGCCCCCAAUGUGGCACUUGCACCACCAGCCCAACAGAAAAUUGUCAGCAACCCGCCCUGUGCCACAGUAGUGUCACGGAGCAGUGAGCCUCUGGGCAGCACUGUCCAGCCACGGAAAAGAAAACUUGCUGCAGAGAACACAGCUAUCCCAGAAGCAGCAGCCACUGUUGCGGCCACUGUUACUGCCACUGAAGAGGAUAAGGAAUCAGAAGCAGAAAUUGAAGUAGAAACCAGGGAAGAAUUCACCUCCUCCUUAUCCUCGCUCUCCUCCCCAUCCUUUACUUCAUCCAGCUCUGCAAAGGACGUGAGCUCACCUGGGAUGCAAGCCCCAGUCACAGUCAACAAUUCAUACGAGGUUGCAGCACAUUCUGACUCUCACAGCAGCGGGUUGGAAGCUGAGCUGGAGCACCUAAGGCAGGCCCUGGACAGUGGCCUAGAUACAAAAGAAGCCAAAGAAAAAUUCCUCCAUGAAGUUGUUAAAAUGAGAGUGAAGCAGGAAGAGAAGCUAAACGCUGCCUUGCAAGCCAAACGCAGUCUACAUCAGGAGCUGGAGUUCCUAAGAGUGGCCAAGAAAGAGAAACUGAGAGAAGCAACAGAGGCAAAGCGCAACUUAAGGAAAGAGAUUGAACGUCUGAGAGCUGAGAAUGAGAAGAAAAUGAAGGAAGCCAAUGAGUCUCGGAUACGACUGAAGAGGGAACUGGAACAAGCCAGGCAGAUCCGGGUUUGUGACAAGGGCUGUGAAGCAGGCAGGCUUCGGGCCAAGUACUCAGCUCAGAUUGAGGACCUACAGGUUAAGCUCCAGCAUGCAGAAGCUGACAGGGAGCAGCUCCGAGCUGACCUGAUGCAUGAAAGGGAGGCUCGAGAACACUUGGAAAAAGUAGUCAAGGAACUUCAGGAACAACUGUGGCCUAAAUCAAGCAGUCAACCCAGCAGUGAAAACACAACGAGCAACAUGGAGAACUAAGCAACCGCCACAUCACCUAACACACACAGAACGACAUAGAUGCACAGUAAGGGAGGAUGUGUGGGGUACGUGUGUAAGUGCAUGCGUGAGUAGUUGUGUCUUGGCACACAGAUCUCUGACUAUGGAUUCUUAUUAGUUGGAAGGCAAAUGUUACUCUUUAUAACAGAAGCACUGAAUUACGCCUCUUUUUUUUCCAAUCCAUAUAGCACAACAUCUUACUGUGCCUCUAAAACACAAAGUGUUUAUAAACGAAAUACUUUAAGUCCACAGCAAAUUUUCUACUGGCAAACUCCAAGCAAGCAGCAUCGUCCAACUAAAAUCAGAGUAAAAGGCACGCAUGGCAGUGUUUUUAUGUUGCCCUUCUGCCUGUUGGAACAUUUUGGAAUUUAAAAACAAACAAACUUUUCUUAUAAGCUAUUUAAAAUAAUUCAGUACACAGACUUGGUAUUAAAAAAUUAACAAGAUUUUUAUAAUGAACCUUUAAAAGCAAAACAAAACAAAAAAAAACCAACCUUCGAUGCACAAUUUUUAAUGACUUGUUAUUGGCUUUGGGAUUCUUAACGUAGAAGCCCGCUGGUGAUGAUGCCAUUUCAUUAGCAGUUUUCCAGCCAUCUAGGAAGCCAUCACAGUUUUAAUCCCGUCACGUGGUUGUAUGCGAAUUUCAGAGUGCUUUUCAAAGUUGAUUUUUUCCUUAGGAAGAAUUCUCUUCAUUUCCUGUCCUGACCACAAGAAGAAAGGAAGCUGCAGGAUUGUAAAGGGGCAAGGGGUGGGAAUGGGAGGGGGGUGGGAAGAGAGGAUGGAUGCUUUAGAAUUACAAACCCAGCCUUACAGACUUCAGUGUUUGCAAAUCAUGCCGUCUCUUCUGAAGACAUCUUCAUGAACUGAUGUGUUCAAAAGACUCACUUCGUCCAAGAGCACUUCAGCUUUAGGAAAAGAAAGAAGGAAAUGAAGGAGAUGGAUGACCUGUUAAGUCGGUUGAAAAAUAGAGCAGAAGACAUACGUGUUUUGAAGUCAUUCUGAAAUCUUUACUUCAGCUUUCAGUUUUCUGGAAAACUCAUCUUUGUUGCACCAUCUUACCAUAAAUUCAGUAUUUACCUGCUUUUAUUAUGAACUUUCAGUCAGGAUUUCUGUGCCCAAGGAGAGUGCAACUUCACAUUAACAGAUACUACAGAAAGGAAAAACAACAUUUUUGCUGCUGUGAAUAAGCCUACAUCUUUUUUUUAAAAAAAAAAAAAAACCUUUUUUGUUUUAAAAAAAAGAAAUUACUUUAAUUUUGGGAUCCAAGCCGCAGCCCUGGAAUAAAAAUGCAGCGUGCCAUCACUUUGUCUGAGUGGUGGUCGUGAUUUUUAUUUUUUCUUAAAAAACUGCACUUUGUCAGAAUCUUACUCUGCAUUUUAUUCUGUAUUUCUAAAGUUUACAAGUUGAGCAUUCUAGAUUCUACCCUGCCUAACAGACGUGAAACUCAUCAACCCGAUUUUCCACCAUAUCAUCAUUUACUUUUAUGCAAAGUGAGGAGUCAGCAGGUAUAGAAUGCUACCAAAUAUGAAUUCACCGGACCAGUGCACUACUGGUUGAGUUUUAAACCUGGUUUGUGUGGCUUUGUAUCAAAAAGAAGUUGGGAAGCAGUAGAGAUGCUCCCAGAAGUGCUUAACAAAUACAGUUGGUGCUUUACUGAACAAGAGAAAAGUUUUCACCCAUAAACACUCACCUCUUAGACACUCAAGCUUAUCAGCACGAAGUGAAAAUUUGAUCUGGGGCUGCAGAUGUGCCUUCCAGCUCAUUUUUCCUCUCAGCAUCUUAUAUAAGCAAUGCUGACACUUUUUUUAUGUUAAAGAAUAAAAAGAAAAAAAAAAAAAAACCAACACCCUAUGCAUCAUCAUACACAGAAGUUAUUCUAAACAAAGAAACAUAUUUCCAGUAAUCUUUAUUUGCUUUUGGACAUUAAUGCAAACUGUGUAAUCUGAAAAAUUAUUUCCCAGUAGACAGAAAGCGGCUUCCAAUCCUAAAAUUAUAGUAUUUACUUACAGUACAUUAGAGAGAUUUUUCUUUUUUUUAAACAAGAGCUGUUUGCUUGAAACCGUUAUAAUAACCAUUAUAAUAACUGUGAGCAUUAAGAAAGACGUUCAUAUAUAUGUCUUAGGUACAAAAAGAAGAAAUAUGAAAGGAGUAGAAUUACUGGGACACUGUAAAACUGUUGGGAGCAAGAAACAGUUACACCAAGUAUAUUACACGAAACUGUCCGUUUCUACAGGGGUUUGCCCUUGUGUGUUUGGGAUGCUGGAGACUGAGUCUAGAUGCAGAUCUCCUCUUCUAAAGUGCAAUGCAAAAGGAAUUUUGAUUAUGCUUAAGCAGGUUUUUUUUAAUGUGGUUUUGGUUUUGUUUUUUUUUUUUUGCUUCUUUGUAUGUUGUUUCUGUGAUUAUUAAAUCAUAUGCAUGGAAUUAAAAUCUCUGCCAUACGUAUAUUCAUUAAUGGGCAUUAUUACUGUCUUAUGUAAAGGGUUUAUUUUGUUAUGCAGUAUGCAUAAAAAUGUUCUCAGCCUUAUGAUUUCCAGAUCUGUAUUAUUCACUUAUUUCUUCAAGGGAAACUAAAUAAUUUUAGCUGUAGUUGAUCAUUGUGCAUUUCAAAAGUCUCAUAUGCUCUGCUUUACUGCCAUGUUAAGAAAUUACACAUAGAACAAAUGUAGUUCCACCCCACUGUCAGCUGCUUUGAAGCCUUACUUUUUAAAUUUUGUUUGAGGUUUUCCCCUGAUCUUUGAUUGUGUCUCUCCCCUUAUGACUCCACAAAAACUGGCAACAUGUCCACCUCUAUCUGUUUUUUCACAGGAAAAGCAGCCCACUUACCUGCAGCACGACAUAGUUUUUCUUUCUUGUGCAUCUAGGAAAGCGUACCGAGUCACUGGCACAGUUUCUUCUGUGCAUACGAUGCUUUUAGCCUCCAACUGUAAUGAAAUCUGCAUUUUUCAAAGGAAAAAAAUGGAACAGGAAAUAGUCUUAUCAAUAGUAAAUAGUCUUGUCAAACAAGCAGCAUCACCUGUGCUUCACAGGUAAAUGGCAUAAGAUUUGCAAUGAAGAAGUCUCCAAAAUAAAGUUACAACUAUUGUUACAAACCCGUGGUUUCUUUUGCCGUGCAGUAGUUAUUCCACAACCUGUAAUGUAUGACAAAAACUUCACAAGGUUUGAGGUUACGACUCACGUCCUGGCAGCACCACACCAGCUACUAGAAAGAAAAUUAACUCUUUCUCAGCCAAAACCAGGACAACUCAAUAGUAUUUGAUCCUCGUGAGUGAAAACCUCCUAGUAUAAAACAUUUCUGUAAGUACAGGUUGAAAAUCAGUACGAUUAAAUAAGGUGCAAGAAGACUGGGAACAACCGUGCUACACCAGCAGUUCAUCAACAGGAGAGGUUUACAGGGCAAGAGUCUAUCUUCAAUAAUUCUGUCUUUCCUAAAUACAUUUUAACAAUAAAAUCCUAAGUAUUUCUGCAGAACAUGUAAUUGAUUUCUAAUUCAGAAAUCUUGUGCCUGUAACUCAUUUUUCGAUUGUCAGAAGACGGCCAUAGAGACACUAAUUCUAGAAAAGGGCUGUCGAAACAGUGGGAAUCUUCAGAGAAAACCAUUUUGUGAAGGUGCUUGAGGUGAGGGAGUUCUGUGUGUAAUUUCUGUGUCUGCAACACUUCAGUAAAACAAUUGUUAGCCAGUUCAGAUCGAAUUGCUUUUCUUUUGACUUACUGUUGAGUCCCUGCUGCAUUCCAUUUGCGCUCCACCCCAUGAGUGCAGGAAUUACAAAGUCACAUCUUCUUGUUUCAUCUGCUCUUUAGUUUCCUUUAAGAAGUUAAAAGGGAGAAGAGGUGUUUCAUACAGGCUGUUGACUCUCCCUGUACUUAAAAAUAUAUUACUUAAUACUUGUAUAUUCAGUUUAAUUACUCAUUGUUUCUAUUACUGAAAGAAGACUUAACGAAGGGAAAAAAACCAACAGCAAUAACAUUCAUAUCUAUGGAGCAGCUAACUAGUAUACAUAAUAUUCUGCUUUUCAAACAGAACUAGCCAAUGUAAAAAAAAAGUUACAAGUAAAUUCAACAUGUAAAUACUUUUUUUCAUUUUACACUGUUGUAUUAUAAGUGUAUAUGGUGUUUACUUUUUCAAAACUCUUUCUUACCUGGUAGUUGUCUUGUUUUAUGAGUUGUGUUUUUAACGAAGAAGAACCUUUGCUGUCUGUUAGGAAAAACAAAACAAAAUCUUUUUGCAAGUUUUAAAUGUGGGUUAACCUUUCUCCAUCAUUUGCAUUUUAUUUGUCCUUAUUUUCACUGUAAAGUAUUUUAUUACUGAAAGGUUGAUUUUCUUUCCAUUCUGCCCUCUCAUCAGUCCAUGUGUUUUAGAGAGAAGAUUUUUGUUGGUUUGGUUGUUGUUUUGUUUUUGUUUUUUUUUUUUUUAAAUCAAAAGAACUCACAGAAAUGACAUUUUUUCAAUUGAAGAAAAAAAAAAUCUUUACAUUUAUAAUAGCCAAUAGCAUUUCAGCACAUUUUUGUUAUCCUGGUCUCUCCUAUGCUGCUGCUAAUGACAAUAUUAUGACUUACUCUACUAUUCUAGAACUAUUUUUAUGUAAGUAAUGUAUGCUUUCUUGUUUAUAAAUGCCUGAUUUAAAAAAAAAUAAGAAAAAAGCUUGGCAUAUUUAUCUAUUUCGCUGUGUACCUUGAUAGUCCUUUUCCACCCCCUUUUCCACAUCCCCUCUCCUUGAAGCAGAUAAUAUUGUAAAAUAAAGGACUUUAUGAGAUUAUGUAUGAAAAUAGCUAUGCUUAUAUACCACAGUGACUGAAUGUACAGUGUAUAGACGCAUUACCUAAAAUAAAAUUGUUUGUCCAGAAAAAAAUAAA